CCGCCGCGCGUGCGCAGGCGGGGCCAGCACCGGCGUCUUCCUUUUCGCCUUCCCUGGCGCUGCCUUCUGUGGAUUUUUGAGUCUCGCGCUUUCUUCGUUCGUUCUCCACCGAGUGCACUCCCUUCUCGCGUCCCGGGACAGCGAGGCAGGGGAAGGGGUUGGAAGGGGCUGUUGAUCGCCGCCACCUUUAACUUGUGCGUGGGGCGGCCAUGUCGGCCGGCGAGGUCGAGCGCCUAGUGUCGGAGCUGAGCGGCGGGACCGGAGGGGAUGAGGAGGAAGAGUGGCUGUAUGGCGAUGAAAAUGAAGUUGAAAGGCCAGAAGAAGAAAAUGCCAGUGCUAAUCCUCCAUCUGGAAUUGAAGAUGAAGCCACUGAAAAUGGAGUACCAAAACCGAAAGUGACCGAGACUGAAGAUGAUAGUGAUAGUGACAGUGAUGAUGAUGAAGAUGAUGUUCAUGUCACUAUCGGAGAUAUUAAAACAGGAGCACCACAGUAUGGGAGUUAUGGUACAGCACCUGUAAAUCUUAACAUUAAGACGGGGGGAAGAGUUUAUGGGACUACAGGAACAAAAGUAAAAGGGGUAGAUCUUGAUGCACCUGGCAGUAUUAAUGGAGUUCCACUCUUGGAGGUCGAUUUGGAUUCUUUUGAAGAUAAGCCAUGGCGUAAACCUGGUGCUGAUCUUUCUGAUUAUUUUAAUUAUGGGUUUAAUGAAGAUACUUGGAAAGCUUACUGUGAAAAACAAAAAAGGAUACGAAUGGGGCUUGAAGUUAUACCAGUUACUUCUACUACAAAUAAAAUUACGGCCGAAGACUGUACUAUGGAAGUUACACCAGGUGCAGAGAUCCAAGAUGGCAGAUUCAAUCUUUUUAAGGUACAGCAGGGGAGAACAGGAAAUUCAGAGAAAGAAACAGCACUUCCAUCUACAAAAGCUGAGUUUACUUCUCCUCCAUCUUUGUUUAAAACUGGACUUCCACCUAGCAGAAACAGCACCUCUUCUCAGUCUCAGACAAGUACUGCUUCGAGAAAAGCCAAUUCAAGUGUUGGGAAGUGGCAGGAUCGUUAUGGAAGGGCCGAAUCUCCUGAUCUAAGGAGAUUACCUGGAGCAAUUGAUGUAAUUGGUCAGACUAUAACUAUUAGUCGAGUAGAAGGAAGGAGACGUGCAAAUGAAAACAGCAAUAUACAGGUCCUUUCUGAAAGAUCUGCUACUGAAGUAGACAACAAUUUUAGCAAACCACCUCCAUUUUUCCCUCCAGGAGCUCCUCCUACCCAUCUUCCUCCGCCCCCCUUUCUUCCACCUCCUCCAACUGUCAGCACUGCUCCACCUCUGAUCCCACCACCAGGUAUUCCAAUAACUGUACCACCUCCAGGUUUUCCUCCUCCACCAGGCGCUCCACCACCAUCUCUUAUACCAACAAUAGAAAGAACUAAGGUGACCAGAUGUAUUGUCAGCAGUAAUAUUUUGAAGAAAUCUAAGCUUAAAAUACUCAUUGCCUUUCCCCAUCUUACUGGUUCUGCUCCUUCAUGGCCUAGUCUUGUGGACACCACCAAGCAGUGGGACUAUUAUGCAAGAAGAGAGAAAGACCGCGAUAGAGAAAGAGACAGAGACAGAGAACGAGAUCGUGAUCGGGACAGAGAACGAGAACGGACCAGAGAAAGAGAGAGAGAACGUGAUCACAGUCCCACACCAAGUGUCUUUAACAGUGAUGAGGAACGAUACAGAUACAGGGAAUAUGCAGAAAGAGGCUAUGAGCGUCACAGAGCAAGUCGAGAGAAAGAAGAACGGCAUAGAGAAAGACGACACCGAGAGAAGGAAGAAACAAGACACAAGUCAUCCCGCAGUAAUAGCAGACGUCGCCAUGAAAGUGAAGAAGGAGACAGUCACAGGAGACACAAGCACAAAAAAUCAAAAAGAAGCAAAGAAGGAAAAGAAGCUGGCAGUGAACCUGCUCCUGAACAAGAGAGCACCGAAGCUGCACCUGCAGAAUAGGCAAGAUUUUUGCCCCUUGUAUAUUAAUCCCAGAAAUAGAUAAAUAUAAAUCUCAUUAUUUUUCUGGAUAAUGUUUAAGAAAUUUGCCUUUAAUCUUGUUCUGUUAGAAUGAAAAGUUAAUUUUUUUCAAAAUAAAAAGAGUGAAAAUUUCAUGUUAAGUUAAAAAUCUUUUGUCUUGUAAUAUUAAAAAAAAAGACAGCGAUUGACUUCAUGUCGAAGAAAGUAAAGUGAAUGAGUAUCUUAGAGGAUUUAAAGAGCUGUGUUGUUAUGUAUAUGCACAGUAUCUAAUGAAGGACAAGGACCCACCUCAGCUACAGUUUUGUUAUUAUUGGUCAGAUACCAUUCUCUUUUGAGGUUGUACUGCAAAAGGGACCCUCUCAAGUCUUGAUAUUAAAACUAAUGGUCAUUACCGCCAUGGCACCUGCAUAUUAGCCUGUCAGAGUUCUUCAAUAUAGUUUUGGUAUCCCAACUUUUGAAAGAUUUUAAAACUUGGAACUAAAUAAGACAUUUUUUAUAUCCAAAUUACUAAGAUCUAUCAAGUGGUAUUUGGGUGGCCACUGCAAUAUAACUUCUCACAUGUCUAGUUUCUAGCAGGCAUACAUACAGACACGUCACUGUAACACAAAGCUGAACCAGCAUGGCUGUCUCACCCAUUCUUGUGUUUUCCAAGACUUAUUGGUAGCAUAAUAGAUGGAGUUUAUAUUGUGAAUUAAAAACGUACUUACAAGUUUUAGUCAUUUCCUAUUAAAACUAAGAAAAUAGAAGUUUAUAAUACCAAACGAAUUUGAGAGAGAACCUUACAGGUGUUAUACAUACAUGAGGUAGCACAUAACUGCUGGGAUCUUUAAAAUGGUGAAAGAAGUACAUUUAACUAGAAUCACAUAUAAAGACAGGUGUAAUUUUUGAAAAACAUUUAUUUCUCAUUUGGUGAAAGGAACAUUUCUCAUUGAUGCAGUAAAAAAAAAAAAUCCUCUGGCUUUAAAUUAAAAUGCCCAUGAUAUACUUUUUUGUAGAGCCAAAUUUCAAUUUAAGUUGGUGAUUUUAAUUCAGUGGGCAUACAAACUAUUUUA